GGACUGAUCGUGUCGAUGCUUCAUUCUUCAGGAUUCUUCCUUGUUCUGGUCUCAGUCAUGAUGGACGUUGGACUCUCGCUCCUGAUGAUCGCAGGCCUCCUGGACGUCUCUGAUCUCCAGUCGGAUCAAACCAUCCGGCAGUUCCGCUACGUCGGCCUGGCGAAGAACUGGAGCGACGCCCAGACCUACUGCCGGGAGAGGUUCUCCGACCUGGCCGCCAUCCUGAACGCCGCCAACGGCACCGAGGCCCGGCAGGCGGCGGGGACCUCCCGGGUCUGGAUCGGACUCUCGAACGGCACCUGGAAGUGGUCCUGGGAUGAGAACCAGCUUUCCCCCGGCAGCUCCAUGUUCACCAUGUGGAGCUUCAACGAGCCGCAGGACCGGAAGUGCACGUUGUUCAGUAAAACCGGGUUUUGGUCCGCCAAGGCCUGCGGAGACCUGAACGACUUUUUAUGUUAUGACGGUUCCUCUAACAGUGACGUCCUGGUGAAGCAGAAGAUGAGCUGGUUUGAUGCUCAGACUUACUGCAGGGAAACGCACACAGACCUGACCACCAUCAGAGAUAUCACCAAGAACUACAGGGUGACCUCCCUCCUGCCUGACUCCACUUUCAGCUUCCAGACCUUCAGCAUGACCCCCGCAGCGGUGGCCUGGAUCGGGCUGCACCGGUCCGACUGGGUGUGGUCCGACGGCAGCAGCGCCUCCUACUGGCCCUGGGCCACCCAGGCCACCACGGAGCAGGCCGACUGUGUGAUGAUGGACUCCUCCAGCGGCAGCUGGUUCCAGCAGUCCUGCAGCGACAGCUUCAGCUUCCUCUGCAGCGAAGACGUCGUUCCGACGGCGACCAGGGCGCUGAAGAUUCGUCUGGAGGCCGGAUCUGCUGACCUGAACGACGCCGCGGUGCAGGAAUCCAUCCUGCAGCAGCUGAGGCAGAAGAUGGAGGAGCAGGAAGUGACGGAGGAGGUGAAGCUCAGCUGGAGGAUUCAACCUGACGGGAAGGUUUUCCACCGGCAGCAGGAGGAAGCAGCGCCCCCUGCCUGCGAGGCGGAAACAUGCGACUCAGUUUAACACGACCAAGUCAUUGGUUUGCUUUUCUUUAUUGCGUUUAAAGCUAAUAUUACCAAUAUUAACAUUCAUUCACAGGAUAAAUACUUUGUGAUUGUUGGCAUCAUUUGUUGAAAUAUGUAAGCAAAUCUUUCAUUAAAGCAGGUUGAAAAUGUUUAACUUUUCA